CCGUGGGUUUAGCCUUUGCUUCCAGUUGCAGGUCCCCACCACCAGUAGCUCGAGGAAGACGAAGACGAAGGCAAAGCUUUGAGGGAUAAGAAAUCUCACCAACAACGAAUUUUUAUCCUUAAAAUAUAAAAUUAGGAUUCCCUUUCGUCUCUUCCUACUCCAGAUGAGUGCUUCCGUUAGCAGUGCUGUGGGUUGGAAGUCUUCUUCCUUGUUCGUGCAAUCUGGCUUCAACUAUGGUGGCUCCAAUGUAAUUUCAGUCCCUCCAAAAGCAAAAUUGCCGCACGGAAAAUUUUCCGUCACUUGUUCAACAUCCUCGCCUUCUAAUGAUGAUCCACUGUUAGUAAAGGCUGCCAGAGGAGAUGCUGUUAGUCGUCCUCCAGCAUGGAUGAUGCGCCAGGCAGGAAGGUACAUGGCUGUUUACAGAAAGCUUGCUGAGAAAUAUCCAUCCUUCCGACAGAGGUCAGAGACGACUGAUCUCAUUGUGGAAAUUUCUUUGCAGCCUUGGAGAGCUUUCAGACCUGAUGGGGUAAUUAUUUUCUCGGACAUACUUACUCCUCUGCCUGCCUUUGGUGUCCCAUUUGACAUAGAAGAAGUGAGGGGACCUGUUAUAUCAUCACCGAUACGCUCUGAAGAGGAUUUAAAAUCCUUGCAUCCAAUUGAUUUGGAUAAACUUAGUUUUGUUGGAGAAUCACUCAAGAUAUUACGCCAGGAGGUUGGUGGUCAUGCUGCUGUUUUGGGUUUUGUGGGAGCACCUUGGACGAUAGCUACAUACAUAGUGGAAGGGGGUACAACACGCACAUAUACAAAGAUAAAGAGCAUGUGCCAUACAGAGCCACAUGUAUUGAGGACUCUUCUUUCUCAUUUGACACAGGCAAUAACAGAGUACAUCAUUUAUCAAGUUCAGUCUGGAGCUCAUUGCAUACAAAUAUUUGAUUCAUGGGGUGGACAACUACCACCUGAUAUGUGGGAACGCUGGUCAAAGCCUUACAUCAAAGAGAUUGUUAAUGUGGUGAAGGAAAAGUGCCCUAAGACCCCGCUUGUCCUAUAUAUAAAUGGUAAUGGUGGCCUUCUUGAGCGUAUGAAAGAAACUGGAGUUGAUGUUAUUGGUCUAGACUGGACAGUAGAUAUGGCCGAUGGAAGAAGACGACUGGGUAGUGGAAUAAGUGUGCAGGGAAAUGUGGACCCUGCUUACUUGUUCUCCCCUCUUAGUGCUGUGACUGAAGAAAUUCAGAGGGUUGUAAGGUGUGCAGGGCCUCGACGACACAUUCUUAAUCUAGGGCAUGGUGUUCUUGUUGGCACACCGGAAGAAGCGGUUGCACAUUUCUUUGAAGUAGCAAGGAGCUUGGAGUUUGAAACACUGUUUAGAGAUAAAGCUGCCGAAGAACCUAACCUUGUAGUGUGAGGACAAAUCCUGCUUAAGUAUCGCUAACGCCAGAGUUGCCACAUGUUCAAAACUUACUUUAGCCAGCAAGUUCAAGCAUUUUUGUAGAAAGGUCAAAGGGGCUGUACAUUGUUGUGCCAGCUAACUUGAUGAUCUUAUGGUUUUACUGUCGGCUAUUCUAUUAUUGAAUAUAUUGAUGAGUUCUUUCCCAUUGUUUAA